ACGAAACGCCAGCGCUUCGCGUCAAUGCCGUCGCCCGCGCUGUUGACCCCCCGGCGCGCGCCUGUCCCGUCCCGUCCCCCACACUGCUCGGCUCGCCCCCCAUAAAGCUCCUUGAUCCCUUCUCCCUGCCGCCCCCCACAGUGCCACUCACUUGCGGCCACCACCACCGGCACCACCCGGCCCGCCGCCCUGUUGCGCGACCAGUGUCACCCACCUCGCCCCGCUCCCGCCCGCGCGUGCCGCGCUGUCCGUCCUAGUGGCUACUGGUACUACUGGGUGGGGGACGGACGGACGAGACGACGGCUUCCUCGGCUGCCGCAGUGCCGCUACCUCUCUCCUGUCCAUGGCACACUGCUCCUUGCCGCUGUCAUAGUUCUGCGCCUCCCGCUCCAGCUGCUGCGCCGGGUUCCACACUUCUUGCCGCGUUUCACUUAGGUCGCGCGCGACGGCGGCGGCGGCAAUGGCGUCAAUCGUGCCGCGGCCCUUGCUCCGGGCGGCGGUCCUCGUCCUGGCUCUUCUCAGCCUCAGUCCGGCGGCGGAGGCAGGGGACGCCGCGGCGGCACUGCUGGAGUUCAAGGGCGCGCUGGAGGACGUGGCGGGCCGUCUCUCGACCUGGGGCCCCGCGGGCGCGGGCCCGUGCGGGUGGGCCGGCAUUGCCUGCUCCGCGGCGGGCGAGGUCACCGGCGUCACCCUCCACGGGCUCGGCCUGCAGGGCGGCCUCUCCGCCGCCGUCUGCGCGCUCCCGCGCCUCGCCGUCCUCAACGUCUCCAGGAACGCGCUCCGGGGCCCCAUCCCGCCGGGCCUCGCCGCCUGCGCCGCGCUCGAGGUCCUCGACCUCAGCACCAACGCGCUCCACGGCGCCGUCCCGCCGGGCCUCUGCGCGCUGCGUUCCCUCCGCCGCCUCUUCCUCAGCGAGAACCUGCUGUUCGGCGACAUCCCGCCCGCCAUCGGCAACCUCGCCGCGCUCGAGGAGCUCGAGAUCUACAGCAACAACCUCACCGGGAGGAUCCCGGCCUCCAUGUCCGCGCUCCAGCGCCUGCGCGUCGUCCGCGCGGGCCUCAACCAGCUCUCCGGCCCCAUCCCCGUCGACCUCGCCGAGUGCGCCAGCCUCGAGGUGCUCGGCCUCGCGCAGAACAACCUCGCCGGGGAGCUCCCUAGGGAGCUCUCCCGCCUCAAGAACCUCACCACAUUGAUCCUCUGGCAGAACUCCCUCUCUGGCGAGGUUCCGCCAGAGCUCGGCGACUGCACCAGCCUCCAGAUGCUCGCCCUCAACGACAACGCCUUCACCGGCGGCGUGCCCAGGGAGCUCGCGGCGCUGCCGUCGCUCGCAAAGCUCUACAUUUACCGGAACCAGCUCGACGGCACCAUCCCGCCGGAGCUGGGAAACCUGCAGAGUGUCCUGGAGAUCGACCUCUCGGAGAACAAGCUCACUGGCGUCAUCCCCGCCGAGCUCGGCCGGAUAUCCACGCUCCGCCUACUCUACCUCUUCGAGAACCGUCUGCAAGGCACCAUCCCGCCGGAGCUCGGCCAGCUGAGCAGCAUUAGAAGGAUCGACCUGUCUAUCAACAACCUCACCGGCACAAUCCCCACGGUGUUUCAGAACCUGAGUGGCUUGGAGUACUUGGAACUCUUUGACAACCAACUCCACGGCGCCAUCCCUCCAUUGUUGGGAGCCAACAGCAACCUCUCAGUGCUCGACUUGUCAGACAACCAGCUAACCGGGAGCAUCCCUCCUCACCUCUGCAAGUACCAGAAGCUCAUAUUCUUGAGCCUCGGAUCGAACCACCUCAUCGGCAACAUCCCUCAAGGUGUGAAGACUUGCAGGACUCUGACGCAACUCCGGUUGGGGGGCAACAUGCUGACCGGGAGUGUCCCCGUCGAACUGGCGCUGCUACAGAACUUAACAUCGCUCGAAAUGAACCAGAACCGAUUCUCUGGGCCUAUACCUCCUGAGAUCGGCAAGUUCAGGAGCAUCGAGCGGUUAAUUCUGUCCAACAAUUUCUUCGUCGGACAGAUGCCUGCUGCCAUUGGCAACCUGACGGAGCUUGUUGCCUUCAACAUUUCGUCGAACCAGCUCACGGGACCAAUCCCCUCGGAGCUAGCCAAGUGUACAAAGCUUCAGAGGCUUGACCUUAGUAGAAACUCACUCACUGGAGUGAUUCCUACAGAGAUUGGUGGGCUGGGAAACCUGGAGCUGCUCAAGUUGUCUGAUAACAGUCUGAAUGGAACCAUUCCAAGCAGUUUUGGAGCCCUCUCAAGGCUGAUAGGACUGGAGAUGGGAGGCAACCGUCUGUCUGGUCAGGUUCCUGUUGAGCUUGGUGAGCUCACUGCCCUGCAGAUUGCCCUAAACGUCAGUCACAACAUGCUGUCUGGUGAGAUACCGACGCAGCUAGGGAAUUUGCACAUGCUGCAGUACCUGUACUUGGACAACAAUGAGCUUGAAGGUCAAGUUCCUUCCUCCUUCAGUGACCUUUCGAGCCUGUUGGAGUGCAACCUGUCUUACAACAAUCUCGUGGGGCCGCUUCCCAGCACCCCUCUGUUCGAGCACUUGGACAGCAGUAACUUCCUUGGGAACAAUGGCCUUUGUGGUAUCAAAGGGAAAGCAUGUCCAGGUUCAUCAGCAUCGUCAUAUUCAAGCAAGGAAGCAGCCGCGCAGAGGAAGCGCUUUCUCAGGGAGAAGAUCAUCAGCAUUGCCUCCAUUGUCAUUGCUUUGGUUUCAUUGGUGCUGAUCGCAGUCGUCUGCUGGGCCUUAAGGGCCAAGAUACCAGAGCUUGUAUCAAGUGAAGAGCGCAAAACCGGGUUCUCUGGUCCCCACUACUGCAUGAAGGAAGGGGUGACCUACCAGGAGCUCAUGAAAGCAACCGAGGACUUUUCAGAGAGUGCUGUGAUUGGGAGAGGUGCUUGCGGCACGGUUUACAAGGCUGUGAUGCCUGAUGGCCGGAAAAUCGCAGUCAAGAAGCUGAAGGCCCAAGGAGAAGGUUCCAGCAUUGACAGAAGCUUCCGAGCUGAGAUAACUACACUUGGAAAUGUCAGGCACCGCAACAUCGUCAAGCUCUUUGGCUUCUGCUCCCACCAGGACUCGAACCUUAUCCUGUAUGAGUACAUGGCAAAUGGAAGCCUGGGAGAAUUGCUUCAUGGCAGCAAGGAUGCCUAUCUACUGGACUGGGACACGCGGUACCGGAUCGCUCUGGGUGCUGCCGAAGGCCUGCGGUAUCUUCACAGCGACUGCAAGCCGCAGGUCAUUCACCGCGAUAUCAAAUCGAACAACAUACUGCUUGAUGAGGUGAUGGAGGCUCAUGUGGGGGACUUCGGUUUGGCCAAACUUAUUGACAUUUCCAACUCUAGGUCGAUGUCUGCUGUUGCUGGUUCCUAUGGGUACAUUGCUCCAGAGUACGCCUUCACCAUGAAGGUCACUGAGAAGUGUGACGUCUACAGUUUCGGGGUAGUUUUGUUGGAACUGCUGACGGGGCAAUCUCCAAUCCAGCCUCUUGAGAAAGGAGGAGACCUUGUGAAUCUGGUGAGGCGGAUGAUGAACAAAAUGAUGCCGAAUACAGAAGUGUUCGACAGCAGGCUGGACCUGAGCUCGAGGAGAGUCGUGGAAGAGAUGUCCCUGGUGCUAAAAAUCGCGCUGUUCUGCACCAACGAGUCACCGUUCGAUAGGCCUAGCAUGAGAGAAGUCAUUUCCAUGCUGAUCGACGCUAGAGCGUCCUCCUACGACUCAUUCUCUUCGCCAGCAUCUGAGGCACCUAUAGAAUAUGAUUCGUCCCCAAAAAAUUAGAGGCCAGUGUCGUCAAUCUAUUUUACCAGUCAUGCAUCGAGGGAGCAUCCAUAGAUCAACUUCGCUCGUAGCUGAAGACCAUCCUAGUCUGAAAUAUUGUGUUCCAAGAAGUUGUUGGCUAUAGCCUGACUCCAAAUGGAAAAGAGACCCGUCUUUCUGACCAAGACUAACCACCAGUUGAAGGCUAGAAGCAUGUGAAGUGAAGUUAUUCACUCCUACUACACCUCAGCUAGCUAGUGCUCUUUCAGUGGAGGCAGACACCUUUGAGUGUUCCUUUUCUGAAACACUCAGCUAGGCAAGGCUGAUACGUUCACUUCAGCAGAACAUACAGAUUCAACUAUCGCUAGCUUUAACACUGUACAUACUACAUAGACCAUAGUGCGGCUACUAUUAAAUAAUGAUGAUGACAGAUUAUUAAUCUCUGGAUUGAUUUUGUGCUUCUUUUUAACUUGUUACUAACUGUAAUGACAUGGUAAAAAAAGUGAAUAAUUA